AGAACGCAAACACUCGCACCUGAAACGGUUAACCACAUCUUCUUGGAGCCCAUUCCACAUUUCACACGGACCUGGGGGGCGUGCGCGUGUUUACUGGACUGAUUUUCUGUCUCGUUCGUCUCGUAAAAGGGAAGCUGGUUAACUGGUGGGAGGGCUUUCACUCUCCCCACGCAUAUCCGCGAGAGACAUGUCGGGAAGCAUGUCCUCCGGCCUGGAGAGUCUGGUUCGUGAUGAUGACAGGUACCAGAGGGCCUUCCAGCUGUUCCUGCAGCGCUCGUCUGAACACCGGUGCAUGCAGGACUUCAUCCACACCACGCUGCCGGACAUACUGGCCAGCAUUGGAGAUGGAAAACCCCAUCUAAAUGUCAUCGGAGUUGGAAGCGGGGCUGGUGAGAUUGACCUGGAGAUGCUCUCUGAACUCCACAAGAAGCACCCGGGGGUGACGGUGGAUAACGAGGUGGUGGAGCCCAGCAGCCAGCAGCUACACAACUACAAAGUCUUAGUGUCGAGGAAAGCAGCAGACCUGAACCACAUCAGGUUUACCUGGAACAAGAUGACGGCCUCGGGCUUUGAGGAGCACUGGAAACUCAACAAGAUGACAAAGAAGGCAGACUUCAUUCACAUGAUACAGAUGCUGUACUACGUGAAGGAUCCCUCUGCUACCAUCCAAUUCUUCCAAAAUCUGCUCAAUAUAAAUGGGAAGCUCCUCAUCAUUCUCGUGUCUGAGAAGAGCGGCUGGGGAAAGCUGUGGCGGACCUACAGGAACCAGCUGUGCAACACUGAAAUAAGUCAGUGCGUGACCACCGGUGACAUUAAAAGCCUCCUGGAGUCCAAGUCGGUGAGCUACCAGAGCUACGAGCUGCCGUCCCAGAUGGACAUCACCGAGUGUUUCAGUGAGGGGGACGAGAAGGGAGAGCUGCUGCUCGACUUCCUCACAGAGGUGUUGGACUUCAGUAAAACAGCUUCUCCUGAGCUGAGAGCCGGAGUGCUGGAGCUGCUCCGACACCCCGACUGCAGCGCAGCCUCAGACGGCAGGAUCAUCUUCAACAACAACCUGGGAGUCAUCGUCUUAGAUCAGAAACCUGGAGACUCUGCUGACGCCACAGAAAAGCUCUAUUAGAUUGUUAAUGGCUCAAUGACCAAUAAGGAUUUUCAACAGGUCAAUUUUAAAAUCAUAAAAAACAGAAUAUCUAUAGCAGUAGUUCAAACAUUAAGAAUGUUGUGUACACAUAAAUCCAUAUAAAGAUUUAAAAUUAAGUGAUUUCAGAGUUUUUUGUCAAGAUGAAUUGGCACUAGCCUUAAAAAAGGUCAUGUGGUGCAACCAUGAUUUAUAUUAAAAUACAUUAAUUUCCUUAACAUAUUGACAUCUCUUUCUUACAAGUUUUCAGUAUUAUACAAAAAUGGUUGUUUUUUUAAUGAUAUUUCAUAAAAUGAUCAUCAGUCAAACUUUGUUUGUAUAUUAUGAUGGAAAUAUGAAUAUAAAUGUGUAUAAAUCUUACACACUACAAGACACUUCAGAAAUCAUGUCAGAUAGAAGAAGAUUGAUUUAAAUACAUUUAAAGUGAUCAAACUUAGAGUUUACAUUUAGAGUUUCAAAACCAGAGUCCUGGUCGGACGGUUGCACCACAUGACAUUUAGACGCUUAAAACGACAACAAGAUCCCAAAUAACUAGUAUUUUUUGUAAAAUUGAAGUGAGUCCAUAUGUGGGACAGGUAGGUCAUGUAUAUGGUAUUUUUUUAUCCAUUUAAACCUUUUUUGAAUUGAAAAAAAAUCUGUUUUUCAGAAAAUGUAGGCGUCACGUCAUUGACCCAAAUAUAACUGUUGAAUUAUUUGAACACGGUGGAAAUCAUUCGUCUGGUUUUGCCUUUUAACUCCUGUGAACACCAAGCCUUCAUUUAUUUGAUUCAGUAAAUAGCUAAUAUUAGAUUGUUAUUCCUUCACCACAGUAUGAUGAUAUUUUUGUGCAAAAAGAAACAAAUGUCUUAGAUGUAUAGUUUUUUCAUCAAAUGUAUGUUUUUUUUCCAUUAUUCACUGAAAUAUCCCCGAAUAAAUCAGAAACAGACAUUAGUUUCAGGUUUUAGCUUCAUGUAAAUUUGAAUUGGCCAUAGCCAGUACUGGGGAUGAGGGGGAUGAGGAGGGAUGAGGGGGGAUGAGGGGGGAUGGAACCCCCCCUGAAAUAAAAACAGUCCAAAUCAUCCCCCCUGUAAAACUGCCAUCCCUCCUUUCCAUCCCUUAUGUCAUUUCAUCAAUGAAUGUGGUUUUACUGCUAUUUCAACAUUUAGAGUCAUC